AUGGCCACGCUCAGAGUCCGGCCUGAAGCCCAAGCUAAGGUGGAUGUGUUCCGUGAAGAUCUGUGUACUAAGACAGAGACCCUGCUUGGGAGCUACUUCCCCAAGAAAAUUUCUGAGUUGGAUGCAUUUUUAAAGGAGCCAGCUCUCAAUGAAGCCAAUCUGAGCAAUCUGAAGGCUCCGUUGGAUAUCCCAGUGCCUGAUCCAGUCAAGGAGAAAGAGAAAGAGGAGCGGAAGAAACAGCAAGAGAAGGAAGACAAGGAUGAAAAGAAGAAAGGGGAAGAUGAAGACAAAGGUCCUCCCUGUGGCCCAGUGAACUGCAAUGAGAAAAUUGUCAGCCUCAUGCAGCGCCUGAAACCUGAGAUCAAAGAUGUCAUUGAACAGCUCAACCUGGUAACUACCUGGUUGCAGCUGCAGAUACCUCGGAUUGAGGACGGGAACAACUUUGGAGUGGCUGUCCAGGAAAAGGUGUUUGAACUGAUGACCAGCCUUAACACCAAGCUGGAAGGCUUUCACACCCAGAUAUCCAAGUAUUUCUCUGAGCGGGGCGAUGCAGUGACCAAAGCAGCCAAGCAACCCCAUGUGGGUGAUUAUCGGCAGCUGGUGCAUGAGCUGGAUGAGGCAGAGUACCGAGACAUCCGACUGAUGGUCAUGGAGAUCCGAAACACUUAUGUGAGGAGGCCAGGGCAGGGCAGGGGUGGGCAAAGGCAGCUUUGCCAGGUCACCCACUCCCUGAUUCUGCAGGCUGAGGGUGAAGGGUGACAAAGUGUGGCUUCUGUGCAAAGCUGGAAAUGGGGCACACAGCUGCUGGCACCUGCAGCUGACUCCCAUUCUUCCUGGCUCUGUAGGCUGUGCUGUAUGACAUCAUCCUGAAGAACUUUGAAAAGCUCAAGAAGCCCAGGGGAGAAACAAAGGGAAUGAUCUAUUGAGGACCUCCACUCUCAUUCUGUGAGGGGUAAAGCAGAGCCCUCUUGUUUUUUAUCGUGGACUCCAGACUUCCCCACUUUUCUCUUACCUUGCCAUCCAGGCACAAUAAAUAUAGUCAUACCUAUGCCCAUCA